CACAUUUGUGAUAUUCAACAUCCAUUGUUUCAAAGGUCAUAAUUCUGAUCUGUGAAUAGACUCAAGAGUUUGAGCAAAGCAAGUCUGAAUUAUCACAAAAGACUGCUGUAGAGACACCGAACUUACUGGCCCUUCUUCCCUGACAGAAGGCUGCCAUCGCAUAUCAAUCAAUCUUCUUCUCUCUGCCACGGAGUUUUUGAUCUUGAGUUGGAUCACGAAAAAGUUGGAUAACUGAGGAGGCAGUUCUGUAUACUACUUAAAAGCCAUACUGCCACUUUGACUUUUACGGGUUGCUCUUGUCUCGAAGGACUGCUUAGUCGUCAUGGACACGCUUCUUACCGCAGAGAUUGCUGCGAACUCUCCCAGAUACCGUCGACGCUCCUCGACCUUUAUCGAUGGCGUUCACGAUUUGCCUGAUGAGAAUGCUUCGCCAAUGGCGCCGGCCCAGCUUUACAGCACCAUGUCUGGCAGACUCUUCCACUCGGGAAGAAUUGCCAUUGUUCUAGUUGGACCACCUGCUCGUGGGAAAACCCACAUCUCUGUCUCUCUUUGUCGUUAUCUCCAAUGGCUCGGAGUCAAGACUCGGGUCUUCCAUCUUGGAGACUAUCGUCGUGCCACGAUGGGACCAAAUGUUGAUGUACCAGAAGAUUACUUCUUUGUCAAUGCUUCACCAAGCUCCGUUCUGCUUCGUGGGAAGAUCGUGAAGAAAUGCCGCGAAGACAUUUACGCGUGGUUGAACCAUGAGAAUGGCCAGGUCGCGAUUUACGACGCUGUCAACCCACUGGCUUCUGGACGUAGAUCUCUUGCUAAGGAGUUCGCAAAGCAUGAUGUUCAGACACUCUUCCUCGAAUCCUACGUCACUGACGAGAAGAUUCUUCAAGAGAACGCACGAAGCGUGAAGAUAUCUUCUCCGGAUUUCGUUGGCAUGGAUCCUGAUGAUGCAGCCAAGCUUUACCUCAAGAGAAUUGACAUUAAGAUCCCGUCAUUCGAGACCAUGAACGAAUCCGACCUUAACUAUGUCAAGAUGAUCAAUGCGGGGCAAACUAUUCAGUACAACAACGUCAGCUUCGGAUAUCUUUCUUACCGUAUCAUCUUCUACCUAAUGAACUUGCACAUUAAGUCCCGCCAAACCUUCUUUGCCAGAGCUGGUACUUCAAGUCACGAGGACUCUUACAAGAUGGAUGCGCCUCUCUCUGAGGAGGGCAAGGAAUACGCAAAGAAGAUGACAGAGACCUUACUUGCUCAUCGUGAAGCUGAGCGAGCCGCAUCGGUCGUUAAAGGUGGAGCCGAUGUCCCCCUCAAGCCUCUUACAGUCUGGACUUCUACGAGAAAGCGGACCAUUGAGACUGCAGAAUACCUCAAGGAGCUUGGAUAUCCUGUUCGUCAGCGAUCUCAGAUGAGUCAGCUUAACCCAGGCGUCUGUGAGAAGCUAUCAGAGCGUGCAAUUCGUCGUAUUUACCCCGACGAAGUUCUGAUGCACGAGAAGGAUCCGUAUCAUCAUCGCUACCCACGAGCGGAGUCAUACCAUGACCUUGCUGUUCGCCUUGAACCCAUAAUUCUAGAACUCGAGCGUGAGCAGAACGAUCUUUUGAUCAUCGCCCAUGAAUCCGUUCUUCGUGUUCUCUACGGCUAUCUCAUGGCCUGUGACGCUAUGGCUAUCCCUACAUUGAAGUUCCCGCGCGAUGAGAUCAUUGAGAUCAUCCCCGCAUCCUACCAGAAUGAGGCCAAACGCAUUCACAUCCCCGGACUUGCGCCUGAGAUGAUCCCCGGCUCUCCUGAGGACAUCAAAAUCCCCGUCCCAUUAAGCGGCGUCGCCAGCCCUAUGUCCAGUAUUGGAACUCCAGCUGAACCCGUCAACCCUCUUUCCGAAGACUAGUUGGCAUCACUUCAUCUGUGGAUAGCCUCCAAUAGUCGAGUUGUUAGACGAUUUAGAUGGCACAGCAUGUGCAUGGUAUCACGACUCGCAAUUCCCAUCGAAUUACCCGUGGUUCCCUUGCCUCAUCAACGAUUUGCAUUGGGAGGAGUAAACAGGGAGAUGUGGACCAGGCCGAGUACAAAUCUCGAUGCCUGCGACUCACUAAUUCUAUUGCGACGAUUUCUUUCUUUUCCUGCAUUGCCUCUCACUGUUUAUGGAUGGACAUGGCAUAGAGGCUACACUUCGGAAUGAAUGGUGAAAUACAUACGGCCUCACGGGUGUCAUCCUUGCUCUGAUGCACAACCCACCGCACGAUUUUCUUUUGUAGAUUAGAUACCAGUACGCAAUUUCAAUGAUGCCAAUGAAGUCCUCCGCUCUUGGUGCAAGAGAACACUCGAGUCAAAGAGAAAUAUUCGCAUUUCUUAGAUGAUCAAAAUUGCG